UUUAUGAACAUACCCUGAAGUUUUCGAAGUCCGAAAUGUUUUAUAACUUUUGCACAAAAAAUAGAUUUUAAACUUAACUUUUUUCAUUAAUAAUAGGUUUAUUAAAGGCGAUAAGAAUGUCACAGCCACAUAGAAAAGCUGCGUUGAAUCUCUAUAAAACACUGUUAUUCCUUGGCAGGGACUGGCCUCAAGGGUACGAUCUCUUCAGGAAGAGAUUACAUAAAGUAUUUCAGAAGAAUAGCAGCGAAACCGACCCAGAAAAGAUACAAACCAUGAUUAAACACGGGGAGUUUGUCGUGAAGGAGAUAGAGGCCCUGUACAAGCUGAAAAAGUACAGAACUCUAAAGAGAAGGUACUACGAUGACAGCUAAGUCCUUUACCUUAAAUAAAUAAAAUUUGUUUCCUAGAUUAUAAUAUUUGAUGUGCUCUUGCUCUUGUAAGGCCGGCCAUAGACGGACCUCAUUUUGCAGUUAAAACCGACUGCAAGAUGGGGUCGCCGCACGGCGAUCUGCAGUUUUCACACUGAAUUCAUAUACUGCAAUACACCAACUGUUUGAGCAGUUCUUGAGCGGUCGGUGCAAAUUUCAAUGCGACCACUCCAGAGCAGCCGGCCCCAACUGCAAUUACUUGCGGUCCGUCUAUGGCCAGUCUAAGGUUACUACUCAAAUGGUGCUACAAGUUAGUAGUAUAAAAUUGCAGACUAUUAAAGUUAUAAUAAUUAUAUCUUAUUAAAAGCCAUCACAAAAUGUUACCUUUAAAUAUUCUAAAUUGCCUGUGAUAUAAAGUAAAAAUAUUGCACAAUGUUAAAAUAAAUGUUAAUUCUCUUUAACAAUGUACACUGUUAACCUAAAUAGAGAAAUUAUUGCAUAACACAAAUAUGCAAUAAUUUCCCUAUUGCCGCACAUUGUUACGGGGAUCGCAGUGGCCUGCAGUUUUCAUGGCCCACCCUGCUGUGCCCUUUACAAUGUGUGUGAAGCUUAUAUUGUAAAGGCAACAUAAAGUCACCAAAAGGGAUUAAAAUAAAAAUGCAUUAUUUCUAUGUAAUUAUGUAUUAUAGACAUUUUUAUAGUUUACAUAAUACAUUACUGUUAUAAACUAGAUAAAUAAUAACAGUUUGCUUAAAGACAUCUCUAAAUAAUUUAACACAAUGUUGAAAUUGUUUUCAUUAAUGUUGCGAGUGAUAUGAUUAUAUUGUGAUUUUUUUAAAUCGAAGCUAUGUACAUUUUAUAAUUUGUAUAGUAAUAAAAUGCAGUUUCAGAUGUAUUUUAUAUUUUAAAGCAAUAUAAAUAGUUGUAUAUAAAAUGUACUUAACCGUCACUAAAAUCUAACCAUUAAAUCCUGCAAACCAUAACUUUGCAAUGGGUA